CACCUCCCUCACAUCGCUCUUCUUGAAACUUGUUGCCUUUGAGGAGAGUAUUUCGAAGCAUUGAUAGAACUCCAUUUGACCGCCGUGCCAUCUUGAAUCCUACAGCUUCUCAUCAUCGGGCACGAUCCUCCCCGCUCUAGUCUGGAAGCUGCCGACCGCAGCUUAAAGGGCAAGAUGACGCCCUCGUCCCUCUUUCGGUUCUCACGAUCCUUAAAUGCCUCUCGCACGUCUCUGAGAUCUCACUUGAGAGUGCAGUCUAAUCUCCGACCUCUGUCGACUACUCCCUGCCGCUUCGCUGCGGAUCAAGACCCUGACCGUCAUCCUCACCAGCAGCGCGACGCACAACUGGAUCGAGAGAAAAUGGAUCCUGAGCCAAACGAGUAUGCGAAGUCAAGCACGGAUGACACUACUGCAGAAAACGAGGAUGCCGCUUUCAAUCCGAACAUCACGGACCCGGAGGAAGCUCGCCAGAAGGCUGGUGAAGGUAAUGAAGUCAAUCCACUAGACGCAAGCCCUGCAAACCCCGGUAUCAGCUCGGGCACGGCGGAAGAGCAAGGAGGGUCGAAGAAGAAGAUGUCUGAGGGAGGCGGUGGAAGAAAAGGUGGUGGUCAAGAUGGUAAGGGAGAGGAGAGCGUGUAGAACAUUCAUUGAGCACAAGUGCAGAUGGCGAGUCCGAAGAAGGUGUCGCAUGUAUAUAUUCUCAGUGCCUUCAUCAAUUGUGAGAAGAUCCAUAAGAACUAUUUCACAUGGGUAUCAAGUCGUGCUCCAUCGAAAUUUCAACAUCAUAAUCAACGCCAAG